AUGCCUCUACCUAGAGCGUCGGCACCUUUGCGCGCUUCUGCCCCGCCUCGUGAAGUCGGCGCUCCCACCGUUGAGCCUCCAUCUUCUCCCGGAGUCGGAGCACUCCCUAACCCGCCUCGCGGCCUCCUCGCCCGACGACGAACAAACUCAGCCGACCACCCUGAUCGGCUAUGGGCGCCCUCGUUGCCAUCCGCCAUCGCCACACCAGUAGGCUCGCCCACGUCUACCUCGGCCGAAACACAGGACAAUGAUCGUGAACGAGACUAUGACCUGGGGAUCACACGACGGGCAGCCUCGACCGUGGCUGUACCGAGGAGCCCCCCGCGCUACAUAGAACCCAUUCGGCCCCUGCAUGCAAACGGGCUGGGAAACCACAACGGAAUGCGAGAUGGAUCGCAAGGCAACAACUCUCGACCUCGUUGGAUGGGUGACCCAAGCAUGGGGUUCCUCCCGUCCCCAACAAAACGGCAGACUGAGCUUCCAAUUCAUAACGUGAAUCCUUUGAAGCCGUUUCCCGAGGUUUCCAAUCUUGUCAGAGAAGAGUACAUCAAGCAGGAACACCGAAAGUCGCCGAGUCGUGACAGGCCUUUGCCGCACCAGUCGAAGGGACACAGAGACCAAGCCAGAGCCCAACCACGUUCGGCCUUUUUUGACAAUGAUGCCGACUCUGAUGUGAGGAGCCUUCGGUCUGACAUGCCUCUUAGUGACGAGGAGCCCGGCACCCCUCGGCCUCUUAAGAGAGAGGGCCGCAGGGCCGAUGUCUUCUCGGACGACCCUCCACCUACCUGGGCCGCCAACCGAGUCAUCACUGUCAGCGGCAAGAGCAAGAAGCGCGAUCGCAACAACGUCGAUUAUGAUGACAAGACUCUUAUGCGCAUGAGCUACUCGGACCUGCAGAAUCAGCCCUUUGACGCGGACCCCGCCCAAGCCGCAAGCGGGGCAGACAAGUCCCUCGUCGGCGAGACGUUACCCGAAAAGCUGGAGCAUUACCGGAGCAAGAGCAUCACGGAGCAAAAGCAGUUCUUCGCCGAGCUUGACCUGGGCGAUUGGGAGCGAUCGGGCGACUGGUUUCUGGAGCAGUUUGGCCGGGUGGCGCAGAAGCUUAAGGAGACCCGACAGAAUAAGCGGGCUACAGUGGAGACGUUUGAGACGGAGCUGGCGAGCCGCGAGGAAGCUGUCCGGCUGCGGACGGAGAAUAUCAACCUGAAGCUCAAGAAGAUCAAGAGCAAGGAUGACGUGCGUCUCCUUGACCUUCCUGUCCUUGCCGACCACCAUCCUGACCUGCUUCUCGGGGCGGUCCGGGAAGACGCCCCUGCGCAAGGCGUCGGCGUAGAGCUCGUAGGCGGGGUAGUAGCCGUCGACAAACUUGACGACCUCGUCGGGGGUCAUGCCGGCGCCGCGCUCGGCGCGCAGGGCGACCUCCUGCUGGGCGCGCCAGUCGUAGGCGUAGGACGUGUCCUCGGCGUCAAUGUGGACAAAGACGUCGAGCAGGUCGGUGAUGGCGUCGUACUCACGCAGGCGGUCGUUGACGAAGAGGAGGUGCUCGAGCUUGAAGGGGCGCCCCUUGUCAGGGACCUUGGAGACGAGGUGUUCGGCAAGGUGCUGGAGGAUGAAGGGGAUGCAGAUUGGGGACUUGUCGUCGAGAAUGGCCGCCAUGGUGGGGGGGGGGAGGUGAUUCGUACCGUCUGGCAGAACAGUCGUCUACAGCCACGUCCCAGCUUUCGGGGUGUGGAUUACGGCGGCAUUUUGUCGCUUGCCGGCCGCCGUGCAGCGAGGCCGACGCCGGCAUCGCAACGGGAAGAAGGCUGCGCCGGCGUGCGGGGUGUCAUGGCAUGA